AGACCCUUAGGGAAUAAAGAAGCACUCCGAACCCCUCUUGCCGAUAUCAGUAAACAAUUCCAGGCCUUAGCAGGCAAUGUGGAAGGAGCCUUUGAGCAGCAGACCCAGAUCCAACAACAGGCAUGCCAGGGGGACCUAGAGAUAAUAUGGGCACAGCUUAUGGAGGUUAUAAGCAACUGGAAAGCAGAACAACAGGUCCGGGAAGAGAGCUACCUACAGAGGAUUUCUUCUCUAGAACUAGAAGUUAGCAAGCUUCGCACAGAGCUUAUGGCAACCAACCAGCAAGCCCCUAUAUCAGACCUGCCAGCUCACCCAGACCAGGCGCACAGACCAGCAAGCAGAGCCGCAAGCAACAACCAGAUCAAAGACCAACAGCCAAAGACCCCAACGCAGAGACCCCUAGAAGCUCUGAAACAACUGGCAAAGAAAGGAACCUCAUAUGCAGAUGUGGCAGCCCUGAUGGCCACUAGGCCUGGGGGCCAGGAGUGGCAGGUGGUGAUGGAAAUCGAGAAUGAGGAGAUAUCUGAAGUUCCAAGGGUCUCUGGCUGCAGUUCCGUGUUCUGUUCCGCUCAUAUGUCUCGCUUUGUCCUUUCCUUUGCAGAGUUCUAUGUCGGGAACCAAGGCUAUAACUGA